UUGAAUAUAAUUUCCAGGUACAAAACUCAAGGGAUUGUAAAGGAGCUUCCAAACAGGAUAGUGGAUUACAUUCGCCCGGGCCCAUAUAGGUUAGAUUGGGACAGUUUAAUGACAUCUUUGGACAUUAUUGGGCAAUUUGAACAGCAGGGUUCCUGUUUGAUGCGUUACACUACAGCAGGACAGUUGUGGAAUCUCAUUGCACCAAGAGAGUUUAUCGACUUUUCCUAUACCACUGAUUACCAGAAUGGACUGCUAUCUUGUGGAAUAAGUGUCGAAUAUGGGCAGGAACAAACAAAUUUUGUUCGCGGAUUUAAUCACCCAUGUGGAUGGUUUUGCAUUCCUUUGAAGAAUGAACCUGACUACAGCCUCUUGACUGGCUUUAUUCAGACCGAUUUACGAGGAAUGCUGCCUCAGACUGCAGUAGACUCUGCAAUGGCAAAUUCAUUAGUCAACUUCUACAUUGAACUCCGGAAUGCUUUGAAAAUUUAGAUUUAAAUGAAAAUAAUAACUAUUUUCAUAUUUAAUUUCUUGACAUAAAUUCCUUCCUACUGUGCUACAGAGCUCGAGUAGGUAAUAAGUGCAAUAUUCUUUGGCUGUGGCCAUACUUAGUGUUUCAGCAUUUAAUGUACCUUUUCUGCGUGUAAAAGCAAUAUUACAAUUUCGAUAUAUUGAGAUUAGUAACUGUUUAUAGAUAAUCAACUUAAAUUCUGAUCACUAUGUACUUAAUAUAUUUUAGCGACAUUAUUUGAAAUUCAAAGAGUAAAAUAUUGUAAUUCAACAAAUUAAGAAAAUCUGUUUAGACUGGAGGCCAAACAUUGAAAGGCCAUAAAUUUCAAAUGCAAAGUGCAAAUUUGACAUUGCAGGUGCCAGUUUAUCUCCAAACUGGCAUCCAUAGUGUGAAUAGGAACAUCCAGUGCUGGUUGCACCAGAAAUAACUUUAGCCAAGGUCUUACCAUGCACAGGAAGGGAGUAACCUCAGGAAUUAUGAGGGAUUGGCACAUCAUGACAUCAGUUAAUGCUGAUUUGCUGCCAGCAAUGUAAUUUUAAGUUCAACAGUCCAGCUAAUAUCCUAUGUUAGAAUAUGCUUUCAGUAGCAGAAAGGACUUCCUCCUCAGCAUUAUUUAAAUAAAUCAACAGCUUCCAAAUUA